CACGAGAUAUCAUCUUUGCGUUCAGCUCCAGCAUUUGGGACACCUCAAUCCAUCUUUCCAAUGGAAUUGUUACCCCAAACCGGAGUGUUUCAGCCAGUUCACCAUGGGCAACACAUGAAUUCCAGUCUCGCUAAUCAGCUUAGCACAACUCCUCAACAGAAUGUCAUGGUUCCUACUAUCAAACCUACGGUCAUGGUUAAUCCUUAUGAAGCAGGCGCGAACAACUACAUGCCCCAAAAGUUUUGCUUCCAACCUCCUUCAAGGCCCCAAGUGCCAGUUGAAACUUUCCCACCAGCUUUCAUAUCACAGUUGGUUGACAAGCAACACCAUUACCAGCAGAUGACUAACAAUUCAAGCUUCAAUUCAUAUGGGCCUCAACAAGCUGAAGCAUAUCAUAAUUUUCUAAUCCCAACCAUGCCAAACCCUCAGAUGCAAGCAGUUUCCGAAUAUCAGUCUCCAAGAUCAUCCACUCCUCAUCAGCCAUUCAACUGGUUUACUCAAGGCCUUGGAAACGAAAGUCAGGAAUCCCCCCAUACUAGUACUCAUGCCCCGAGGUGCACGAAUUUAGUCUACGAUCCAGCGUUUGAGGAAAUGGGUUUGCCAAUAGAUCCUCAUUUGCGCUUGUUUUUAUCAAAGGAUCCAUCUACUCAUCCAUCAUACACUAAGUCUUCCUGCUCUGGACCUGCACUCACCGAGCCUACCCAUACUGAGAUACCACCUCCUCAGGCAUCUCUCGCUCCUGACCAUGCUUCAUGGAUGGAUUUAUAUGCUCAGAUCAACUCUCUUGGCACUCGCAUGGAGGAGCUUGUUGUGGUUAGUGAUACACGUUUCUACUCCAUGAAGAAUCGUAUGGAUCAGUAUCAGGCUGGUUUCACUUCGCAGUUUGAGUAUCUCUAG